AUGGAAGAAUUACUGGCGCCCGCUCGACCAGUUCGAAGAUCAACGGGAGUCAAGGUGAUCAAGGUGAAUGUGCGGUGCGCUAUAGAGCGCUCCACCGCCAAUUCACCGGUGGACACGUGCACAUUGCUUGGAUUGUUGCCAAUCCCGCUCAUGACCUUCUUUUCUCAGGAAUUCGAGUUUGGCUAUGGGUUUGACUUAGCGCUUUCCAUCGUAAGUGAGCGCACCAUAUGUGAUGAACGUGUAGACGUGGCUCUUGCUUGGUUGGAGGUGAAUUCACAACUUCUUCAACGUGAAGGGUUAUUCUUGAUGCUUGAUGCGCUGAGUGCAUUACGAAGUGCCGAUGAAUAA